ACAUGAUGAGCCCUGGGGCUUUAAUUUAAUCAGAAGGGAGGAGGGCAGCAGGCAAACUUUAUUCCCAGUUCUGUUCUGAAGAGGUUUGGAGAAACAGCAGGCUGAUCCAUGCAAGUUCUGUGCUUGUGAGUCCAGCUGUGCAUUUCCAGUUAUGAAGGGGGCCUGCCUCUUCUUCCUCCUUGGAUACCUGCUUGCGGCUGAAGGAGUUCAAUCUGCUGUGGCCACCAGACGUGAGUGCCUUGCUCCCCUUCUCUAUGCUCCCUAGUACAGCAAAAAUAUUACUCCCAAUAGCCCUGUUCUUACAUCUUUAAGAACAGGUUGAUCUGUAGGAAUAACAAGUGAAGCCCGGAGGUAAGUUGAAGCAUCCAGAUCAAGAUGCUAGCAGCACAAGAUCAAGGGUCAGGGCGAAUGGGGGCAUCACCCAUUUGCAGAGAUGGAGUUUUAGAAAAGAUGGUGAUGCUUUCACCAUCACUAGACCUGAGCUAUACCCACCUACUUGGGGGUAUCGAUGAGCUCAGUGUGGUUACUUCUGAGAGGGUAAGUAUAGGACUGAACGAUUGCAUUCCAUAUUCAAGAUCACUUAGUCCAGAUUAGAGUGGCUGGGGAAACCCAGCCAGAUGGGCGAGGUAUAAAUUAAAAAAAUAAUUGUUGUUUUUGUUGUUUUUAACCUCUAUUAACUUUUAAUCAAUUACUCUGGGUAAUGAGAAUUUCCGCUUCCUUUCCAAUGCUUUCUCACAGGGGGCAGGGGUUCUGAUUCAUACUUUUGAAUUUGGAAUACAGGAGGGGAAUUAACCCUUCUGAAUUAAUUAACAUGGAGUGUGAAGUCUGCAUGUGGCAUGAGCACGAUUUUAUUUCUGAAACUGUGCUCUCCAGACUUCAUCAAAUGUUGCUGGACUGGAUAAGUGAUGGCAUUUUGGUUGGUUGCAGAGCUAUACACUGCAUAUCAACUCUCUCUGCCUCCUGUAGCAACAGAGAUUGAGAGAGACAACGCUUCUCUUGACUCCUCCAUAGGAUACGGUGGUGUUGCCAUCUUUCUUUCCAGCAGGGCUCCAGUGGAACCCUCACUCAGUGAUGUCCCUUAGGGACUGAUUGCAUACUACAUACUCAUGCAUGUAACCACUUGUUUUAUUCUUGAUGUAGUUCAGCCAUUUACAGAAUCAUAAAAUUGUAGAAUUGGAAGGACCCUGGGGAUCAUCUAUCCCAACCCCCUACAAUGCAGGAAUAUGAAACUGUUCCAUGUGGGGAUAGAUCCCACAACCUUGGCAUUAUCAGCACCAUGCUUUAGCCAGCUGAGCUAUCCAGGCAUGCUGCUUAAUGCCAUCAUAUCUAAGCAGCAUAUGAUAAGGUUGCCAAAAGGGAUACCACUUAUAUAAAGUCAUGCCCCAGCAGCAUUCUUCUGAAAAUGAAAAAAAGAAAGAAAGAAAAGAGGAGGAUGUUAAAAUAGCAGAGGGGUUGCACUGCUUUUUCCGCUCCAGUUUCUCUCUCCCCCCCCCCCCAUGUGUGAGGGUGCAAGCACACACUUUGAACUUGGAGUAGAGAGGAUCCCUUGGGGGGGAAAUUUUGUAUCUGUGAAAUUGGAAGAGGGGAGAAAGCAGAGCAGCCCCCUCUCCUGCCACUUCUGCUUUAAAACAAUUGUUGGGGCAUUGUUGCACCCCUUAGUCCCUAACAUGUCACUUGCCCCUUAGGGAUAUGGAUGAGUGGAAGAAAGAUUUGAGCAAGCUCUGCACACAAAAUACAGCCAUAGUUAAUAUAGGAGCGCAGGGACGAUAUGACUUCAAAUUUCCUUCUCUGUCGACUCCACCUCUCAUGUUCAGAGUUGAUUCACUUGUCUGGCCCUGAUAAGAGAGACUGGGGAUUUAUCUGCACUUUAGUGUUUUAAUAUGAAACCAGACGUGUGGAAUGCAGGGCCUAUAGGAAAAAGAUACAGCUUUGCAUGGUGCAAGAGCAAACAUCAUUUUCCUCUUUCUGCACAUGGGGAGCUCAGGAUAUGGAGAAGGGCUCAGUGGUAGAGGAUCUGCUCUGCAUGCAGGUCCCAGGUUUGAUCCCAGGGAUCUCAAGGCAGGGCUGAGAGAAUCCCCUGUCUGAAACCCAGUCACUGUAGACAGUACGGAGGUAGAUGAGCCUGUGGUCUGACUCAGUAUAAAGCUGCUUUUCUGUUCUCAAAACCUAGGGUAUUAUUAAGUGUGCAAUGUGAGCAUAUUGGGAAAUCGACACGAGCUGGGUGCUCUGUGCCCUGCAGGUCUUAUUGAUGCCAGUAACACCGAUUCAGCUCUCUUCUGGGGCAUACAGCAGCCAUGGGGGAGGGGGAAUCUCAACUUGGGACCAUGACCAGGACAGAGUUCAAUCCUCCCUCUGUCCACACCAUGGUCCCAGUCUGGGUUGAUCUCUCCUGUGGUUGCUAUUGAUAAAAAACACACCCCACUACAUAGCCACAUAUGAAGCUUCCAGAUACUGGUUCAGACCAUUGGCUCAUCUAGUUUAGUGUUGUUUACAUUGACUGCCAGCAGCUCUCUUGGGUUUCAGACUGGGUCCUAUCCCAGCCCUACCUGAAGAUGCUGGGGAUUAAGCCUGGGACCUUCUGCAGUCAAAGCAGAUGCUCUCCAACUGAGCUACAGCCCUUUCCCCAAGGUGACCGGGAGGGGAUUGUGAAUGUGCAUAUGGGUUGUGCACGCUGAAUGCCACGCCUAGUUUGACCAUCAGAUCUGCAGGAGGAACGUGCUCAGACCUUCUGCAAAAUCUGUAUGCUCCUCCUGUUUCCUCUGAAACCCUGAACGUCAAAUGAUUCCUAUCUCUCUGAACCAGGGCUGUGUCGAGGGAGCACAAAGAGCUCUUAAUGUUUGCUGUUUUCUCUCAAGAGGCAGCCCAUAUGCUUGGAGCAGAGAGGCGAGUCCAGGAGGGCGAGAACAGUUCUCAGCCCAGCCUCAGUUCUAGGAUUGUUUAGUUUGAUGAUCAUGAGAUCAAUCAGACUUUCUUCCAGGAAAGAGCACAAAGGGCUGGGCUUAUGAGUUGCAAGCUCAAGAUCACUUGACACAGUUGGGGUGUCUGCUACCUCGCACUCUCCAUCUUAAGACCCUUAGCCACAUCUCUCUAUCUCUCUCUCUCGCCCAAACACUGAUAUAUACAGCCAUCUAGACUGAUGUAGCAUUCUAAAGAACUUGAACCUUGCAUACCACUUUUUAAAAUGCUAUUUUAAGGUUGGCCUACUAGAGCUUGACCUACUUUCUUUUCAUGGCCCAACAUGGCUGCUAUGACUGUUCUCCAGUUAUGGAUUUCACUAGGGGCUGCCACACAGGAUGCAUGCAUGGGGUUCUUAGUCCUGGGCCUGGGGGUCUUGUAAGGUGUAGGGGAGCACCACACCUCUGUAAAUCAUGAGCCAGGUGUGAGUUGGCACAUUGCUGCCAAUGAGAUGUCAAAGCCAGGCUAGCUAAGUAAAAAUAUGAUUGUAAAUGAAUAAAUAAAUUCCCGACCAUUCCAGUUGGGGAAGUGAUUCUAAUCCACAUUAGUGAUUGUGAAUACAAAACCAAGUAGAAUGGCAAUUGCUUCAGGUGAAAAUAAUUUGGAGUUAUGCAUUGCAUAGAGUCAGAACUUGCAACCCUUUCUGAACUAUUCACCGUAAUGUUGGCUGUUUUGAUGAACAAAGUCUCUCUUCAUCUGGUAGCAAUUUAUGCUUGCUCUUUCAUAACAAGGGGGAAAAACUGUCACAGGCAUUCUUUCCUUGUUGUUGAGGCUGACACAAAUGUGAUCACUGUACGAAGUGUCUUGAAGUUCGCUAGAAAUGAGCACAAUCUUUAAAGGAAUUUUUCUACGGCAUUCAUCCACUAGGCCAGAUGAUGUGAUUAAGAAUUUCAUUUAUAAUAAGCGAUAUUUUUAUACCAGUAAAGUAAAAAAUCCUAUUAUUUGACUCUUAUGCAUUUUUCAAGUGGAGGGGGGAGUGGGUAAUGAAGUGGUGGUGAAGUGGAGUUCAGACAGCCUUGAGCUAAUGAUUUGGUAAGUCAUAUGUGGAAACUCAGUGAGGAAAAUGUAAGCGCAAAAUUCUGCACCCCCCCCCUCAAAAAAAGGCUUGCUUUUGGACUGCCCUUAGGGAGGUAUUUAAUAAUACUAGCCCUACUCAGAGUUGACACAUUGAAAGUAAUAGACAUGACUAACACAGGUUCAUUAAUUUCAAUAAGUCUACUCUGAAUAGGACAUCAUAGUAUAUAAUCCUAGGACCAACAUGAAGCAGAAACAUUUUGUGAAGUCUCCACAAAUAAAUCAGUGAUGUGUGUCACCAUCAUUGAUUUCAGGGGCUCAUGUUUGUUUAAACCUUUAUCACAGGGGAAUUUUUUUUGGACUGGUGGGACAGAUAUUUAUCUCCCCCCACACCCCAUGGGCCAACCUUGGCAGCUAGGGGUCCCACCAACCUAUCACAAUCAAUCAAUUUGGUAGGGAAUUUGUUUCACCUUUGCAUUCCUCACAGGAAAGGAACUGAUGAAGCUGUUCCGUCCACAACUCCCCACACAUCAGCUGAUGAGUUUAGACUUCAGUUCUCCUUUCUGCAGGGGGCUCCUCCAUCAGCACAUUCCCCGAACAGAAGGAACUGGCAAAGCAGCACCAACUCUACCCCUUGACCAUUAGGUGAUGUCACCUAGUGACACCGGAUGAUUGACGGGUAGGCAAGGGGAAAUGUCCUUGCAGACCAGCUUGGUGGGCCAAGAUUGGCUCAUAUGCUAGAGGUGCCCCAUUCCCCAUUUAGAAGAACCAAAGAAUCACUAGGUCGUAAGAACUUCCCACAUUUUGAGUUUAGCACCACAUUGUAUCAGAAGCUCUGGAAGUUAAAACAUCUACCAAAAGCUUUUACAAUAAUGGGAACUUUUUGAAACCUGAAUGAAAAUGCAAAGCAGUUGAGCGGAAGGCAGGAACAUGCAGCAAUCCCAUCAUAUGAUGCGCAAUUAUGAUCUUCCACAAGGUGUAGCCUUAGAAAUGUCCUGGCUCCUGGCUCAGAUUCUACUUUUAACAAGUGUGUUCUUGUUCCACUGCAAUGCACAAUUAAGGCAGGCUGUUGAUUAAUUAAGCCAUCUCCAGUAACAUGACAGGUAAGUCAUUCCUUAAAGACCUGUGGCAGGGAUGUGAAAAGGAUUUCUCAACUCUUUACCAGCCCUGCUCACAUGAAGCAAGAUUUUUUUAUUUUAUUUUUGCACAGAAAUGUCUGUUCCAUCCUUCUUGUGCACUACUCAGAGGGGCUUAUGACAAUGUAAAAUGAAACCAAACCAGAGGGUAUGCACUAGCACCCCUGCAAACUCACCACUUUGUGAUUGUAGCGCAUGUAAACAAUACAUUGCACGCAAAGGUGACAAGGAGAGUUUGUGUCAUGGUAUGAGAACCUGAUGGCUCAGUUUGUUCAAUCAUGGUGCUGAUAGUACCAAGGUUGCGGGUUCAAUCCCCGUAUGGGACAGCUGCAUAUUCCUGUAUUGCACGGGGUUGGACUAAAUGAUCUUCAGCGUCCCUUCCAACUCUACAAUUCUAUGAAUGUGAGCUGCUGUUGUGCUUCCUAUGAUUUCACUCAUCGCAGUUAUGUAAACAUGGACACAUGUCAAACAUGCAUUCUUUAAACUUCUAAAUAUAAUUUUGUAAUGUUCCUUCAAACAUCCAGCUGCAAUUGGUUUGCAUGCAACUGUUACUCAUUUACAACCCCAAAAAAACAUUUGUAGAGUGUUCUUGAGAAAGCAAAGAUGAGCAUUAUAGAAUGUUCAUUCAUUCCCCUCUGCAUUUACAGUAGUCCUUUUUAGCCUUUGAACAUACCACAGGCAAAGGAAAAACCUCAGAGAGUUAUAGCUUAGACAUGUGCUUUCUUCGCAAUGUUUUGUUAUGGGGUUUGCCUUGGCAGUUCAGUGUAUGUCAAAUAAGCCAAAGGGACUGUGCUAACGCUUUCUCCCUUGUUAACCCUUCUUUCUAGAAUUUCGAGAUGUGAUGAGUCGAGGAAGGGCACCUUCUCACGGCAAGUUCCAUAGGGGGAUAAGCAGCUGGUCCUCCGAUCACAACAACUGGAAUGACAAGCUUUACCCAUAUUGGGAAGAAGGAGAUCCCAGAUGGAAAGACUGCUGGAAAGGUAAAACAUGAAAGAUCAGUUGGCUCAAUGGGAGGAGAUGCAGGGUCAGUAUGUAAUAAUGUUGAUGAAACAUUGCAAAUAGGAACAAGGUCAGAACGGUAUUUUUCUUCUGCAUUUAACAUUUAAAAUGGCUCUUAUUUUUAUGCCAACACUUAGGAAUAUAGGACGCCGCCUCAUAACUUUUCGGAUUUAAAACCUGUUUGUAUUUGUGAAAAUAUUAUUUAUUGUCAUUUCUGAAUUAUCUGGUCUCUUAGCUUAAUAGUGGUGUUUCCCCUUCCAUUUUUGGUGCCAUACGCAAUUGCUUUCUUUAAUUUUCUGAAUAUCUUUUAGAAUUCCCAGUGGGUUAACAAUCUAGUCCUCUUCACAGGGAACUCUGAGAAUUGUAGCUUUGUGAGGGAAAUUGGGAUCUCUAACAACUCUCAGCACCUUAUGAAGCUACAACCUUGAUUUCUGAAAGGAGCCGGACUUGAGUGCUGACAGAUCUGUCCAGGGAGCGACUUUAGAACAGGGGAGCACAAAUGAAAAAGACCUCUGACAAUUAGUGAAUCAGACUGAAUUUUGUGGGAGAGACUGAGCAAACUCUACCACUCUCAUCUGAAAUAAAAGUAUAAGUUGUUAUACUGUUGGUAUUUGUGUUGGACCUUCUUCGCCAACCGAGUUUGCACAGCGACAUGGGGUGAUGGAAUAAAAACUUGCCCGCAAUAUAUUUGCUUACUUUAUUUUUCAAUAAUCAAACAACUGCAAAACACCCCUUCUCAACAGCAUUCCAUAACAGUAUUCCUAUAAAAGUAGACACUACACCACUUGAUCAACUUACAUACAGUUUUCAAAUAAUCAAUUACCCUAUCACAUCGCUGCAUUCGGUGCAGCAGGUAAACUCCCCCUGCUAAUUAGCUAAAUUGUUAAGAUACCACAGGUGUGCUGAAUUGUCAAGAGCUCACAGAUGUGCUCCCAUGCAGGUUAUAAUUACAAACACACCUCUGAGUAGCACCAUCGACCACAUCAAUAUUAAGAAAACCCAACAAUUUGACGCCAUGCAAAAUAUAAAAACAAUACAUACACAUAUACAUGUUGUGUUUGCGGUUAUUAUUAGCGGACUGCAUCUAUAUGUGGUGGUCAUGUUCUAUUAUUCAAACAUUUUGAAUCCAUUCAGAGACAUUGGAGGUAUUAAGAGAAUAAUGAGAUGUAAGUGUUCCUUAGGUCUUUAAAUAAUGCUAUUAGGAAAAUAGUUAUCUGAGCAUAUUGAAAUCAUAUUGCUCAAUAGUUUCAGACUAACACCUGCAAAAUUGAUUAUUGCAAAAGACGCAAUAAAUGCAAGACACCUACAUGCAGAUAACAGAUAAGUGGAGGCUGGCAAUUAACAUAACAAAACAAACUGCAGUGCAACUGAAUUCUAAACCUGUGAUAUUAUGCUGCUUUAUUUGAAUAUAAAUUAAUGCAAUUAAAUAACAUUCUGAAAAAGGGGGGGGGGAGUCUGUUCCAUGUUACAGUGUAGUUUUGAAGAUCACCAAUGAAUAAGAAAUGUUUUGGAAAUAUCCUGCAUAAUGUACAGGGUUGCCUAUGAGGAUAAAAUGGAGUGGGGAUGCGGGGAGAAAACAUUGCAUGCUACUUUGAAAUCCUAUAUGAAACGCGAGAUAUAACCGGAAGCGAUAAACAAAUGCAUCUUGACUUCCUCAGGGGGAAGGGUUGUGGCCAGUCUGACCAGUGACAGUCCAGCUCUGGUGGGAUCCAAUGUGUCUUUUAAUGUGAUCCUCAAGUUUCCCAGAUGUCAAAGAGAAGAUAAUGACAGCAAUAUAAUAUACGAUCAACACUGCAUCAACGGCAAGUAAUGAAAGUACCUGCGUAUGCUAGGAGUGUGAAUGGUUCUCAGGCUUUGCCCUGCGUCUUGUAUCUGUACACUUUCAAAAAUUCUAUUCUGUACAAAAAAAGCAAAGUGACAGAGCCUCUGUGGCUUGGUGGUGGUCCUGAUGGGGCUCAUUGAGAUUUACGGACAUUGUACUUUGACUCCAGUGGGAUGGGAGACCCUGGUGAUAGGCAGACAUCUUCCUGAUGUACCAGGAAAGUUCUUUACUUCUCCACCUUUUUCAAUUUCUUACAUGACACGUGGGAUAGCUGACAUGAUAUGUUUGCUGGGAGUGACUUGUGGGACGCACUGCUCAUAACAGAGGAGAUUUCCUUGGUUAUAAUUAUGAUGCUUCCUUGAAGUACUGUAUUUACUUUACAAAAGUUUGAUGGGAGUUUUGUGGCAUUGCAAGCCACAAAUCCAAGUUCAUAUAAAUGCCAGGUCGCUGUUUUAGUCCAUAGACAAGUGCAGUGCUGUCCUAUGCAUGCUUACUCAGAAAUAAAGCCUGCUGUGUUCAGCUACACAGCAGCAGAUAAAACGUUUUGUGUGUGUUUUGAGUGCAAUAUACAAUGUGACACUAGGUGGCAGUGGUGAGCCUUAUGGAAAAUUCAAUGUAUUUUUAAAAACGCUUUUUAAAAAAAGCAUUUUCAAAGCGGUUUUUAUAUGUGUCUAGAUUCCACCUGAGUCUUUACUGACUUUGCUGAAAAGGUUGCCUUCAUUUCAUUUUUCCUUUGCUUUGCUUCAAGGUUCUUCUGAUUAUGCAAAUCUUCCCGACCUGUAUGUUUACAACUGGACUCAGUGGAUUGACGAUUGUGACGGGCAGAAUUGCUCUCAUAACAGUAGUCACAAUGUGUUUCCAGAUGGCAGACCUUUCCCUCGCCACAAAGACUGGAGGAGGAGAAACUUCAUCUAUGUGUUUCACACUCUCGGUCAGUCCUAAAAAUGCACCUUUAGCUUACCGUAUUAUUACUAAUAAUUAGUAGUACUUGUUGCUACUAAGAGUAUUUGUUACUUCUAAUAUUAGUACUUGUUGCUACUAAUAAAAUCAUAACAAUAAUUAUUUAGCUUUAAAAAGAAGACACUUAAGAUGCUUUAUAAACUUCUUUACAUGUAAAGAAAGACCUAUAUGAGAUAAUGUGGUCCUCAUGUGAGAGGACAGUCAGUUCAGAGCUGCUGUGAGACUACAGAAGCUGUUUUGUUGACUUUUCUGAAUUUCGGAAGUCAGACACCUAAAUGCAGUCUCUCCUGAGUGGAUUUACGGUUUAUAGGAGAACGGCUCAAUAUGGCAGGCAUUUAAACAACUCUGGGAAAGCAGGAUAUAUACAAUUAUGAUAUGUGUUUGUAAUUAGGAAAUGUUUUGAUACUGUGCGUUUUUAAUGGCCGUAAGAGUUUCAUAUUUAAGUUAGGAUUGCUGACUUGAAAUGCUGUUUCUGUUUUAUUUUCUUUUAACUUUAGAUGCUUAGUUUUAAAACUUGUCCUUCAUAUUGUAUAUGCUGCCUUGGGAAGGUGUUUAUAUUUUGUAAGGUGAUCUGUCUAUUAAAUAAUAAGAAUAAGAAUAGAGUUGUUUCUUGUCUGUUUCGAUCUUGUUGGUGAGAGAUAAUAAAGUUAUUUUCUAGCUCCCCUUGGUAUGUCCUCUUAUGCCUUCCAUGAUAUGAGUAGUGAUUGUGCAACAGAAAACAAUGGGGAGGGAUCCUAAUUCAGUGGUGGAGCAUCCAUUUUGCACCUCUUGGUAGUCAGUGCCAGUAUUGGUUUAUUCAGGUUUGUACAGUCACUGUGAGACUGUCUUGGGCUUUUAAGUGCAAGUGGAUAGAACGUUGAUGUUGGAUGGAGGGAACCUGUGCCAAAGUCAUGCUCCCUCCGUCAUGAACUUAAAUGAGUGACCUUGGUUUAAUCUCCAUCUCUCCCCUAUCUCAUCCCAAAGAGCUGUGGAGGUAAAAUGGCAAAACCACCACAUACAUUUCCCUGACCUCUGUAUAAUAAUGAUUGGAACAAAUGCAAUCCCUUUUCAGAACUGUUUUCAGAAAGUUUUAUUGAUUUAUUUACUAACAUGUGGGAAAGGAUAAGUGUGUUUACCUACUCGAGUGAAAUGGGUGCCUAUGUUCAAAAGGAAAAAAAUUGCAAGCCUGACCAGUUCCACAGUGAUAAUCCUUUUUUUCAUAUUUCCCCUUUUUCACAGGCCAGUAUUAUCAAACGACGGGAGGUUCUUCAGCUAUGGUGUCCAUCAACACAACAAAUAUCACACUUGGCAAUCAAAUUAUGGAAUUAUCAGUUUAUAGGCGAAAUUAUCGAUCAUUUCAACCAGUAGCCACAGCAAAUGUUGUUUAUGUCGUAACAGGUAAGUGGGUAGGUUAAAUAAAUAAUAACUUAGCAAACCUGAACGGUUUAAAUAACAUAGUACAAGAGUGUUUUAAUUGUAUUGUGUGCAUGUAAACUUUGUAUACCACAACAAACACUGGUUUGUGCGACGACCUCUCCUAAAUAUGAGAUCUUCGUCGAAUUUUGUUACCUCUAUAACCAUUUCAGUUCCCAGGGAUUACCUAUCUUGAGUCCAGCUACAAUCUCAUCCUUUUGCUUGACUUCAUUUUCUAUGCAGAUAAAAUCCCUUUCUAUGUGAACAUGACUCAGAAGAAUGAUCGCAACGCCUCAGACUACAUUUUCAUCAAGGAUAUCCCUAUUACAUUUGAUGUCCAGAUUCACGAUCCUAGCCACUACCUGAACCGCUCUGCUAUUUCCUACCGCUGGAAUUUUGGAGAUGGCAGCGGCUUAUUUGUUUCCAACAGUUCUGUUCAGAUGCACACAUAUAAACUUCUGGGAAAUUUCAGCCUUGACUUGUCUGUCCACGCUCUUAUACCUGCCCCUUGUGGACCACCAACACCUCUUCCACCAACACCUCUUCCACCAGGUAAGAGGCCGUGACUCCAGGCUAAGUUGAAAUAAAUCAAAAGGGUUCAUUAUAUGGAAUAGUUGACCAGACAAUUUUUCAUGAUAAUAAUGAGCAUAUUGGUUAACAAAGAAUUGUGGCAUACUUACGGUGUUCCCCUUUCUUACAGGAGUGCUGGAAGGGAAUAGUUGAAGUAGGCCAUUGGCAUUUCAGUGUCCUAGGACAAAUGCUUUUAAUAUAUAGUAUUAAGACCAAUAGUCUUAAAGUGGCUUCUUUCACUCUCUCUACAUUAUGCAGCACCAGAGCUACAAAAAUAAAGUAAAGUAAAAUAAAAUAAAAUAAUAAUGAUGGUAUUGCUUUUGCUGCAUUAAUUUCUACUUUUCCUCCCAGGAGCUCAAGGCAGUGCACAUGGUGCUUUUUAUCCACACAAGAAACCCUUGAGCUAGAUUAGUCUGAGAGUGAGAGUAAAUGUCCCAAGAUCAGCCAGUGAUCUCUGUGGCUUAGUAGGGAUUUGAACCUGGGUCUCCCUGGUCCUAGACCAACACUCCAAACACACUGGCUCUCUGCUUGUAAGUUUACAGACUUGUAAGUUUACAGGGUCUAGAUGCAAGUGAAGAAAGAAGAGGAAGAGAGGGUGUACGCAAAACUAGGGACCAGCAAGAAAUAAAGCUGGGGAAACAUGUGAAGAAGUAAGACUUUCAGGAUUUUUUAAAGUAUGGCAAGCUGGACCAAGAGAGAUACUGGGGGAGAAAUUAUAAAUAGAAGGUGUAAUAAGAUAUGUAAAAGAAUGGAUUCAGAAAAGCGAAGGCCAAGAGGACAAAUAUUUAGUUAUUUAUUAAAAUGUAUAUUCUGAAAAAUACGAGGCAUUACACUUACUUCUGUAAAACAAGAAAAUCCUUAAUAAAAUAUUAGGGGGGGGGAAAGUAUAUUCUGCCCAUCACCUAAGGUUACAAGGUGGGUUACACAACAUCAAGCGAUGUACACCAUAAAUACAAUAAUAAAUGCAUAAUUAAAUCAGCAUCACCAUAGAGAUUAUGUUAUACAUACAAACCUUCUAGAUAAGGCAAACUCUUUCUGUACAGUAAACGGUAUAUAUAAAAAAACUCUGUCGGUCAUCCAAUCCCCAAGGCUAAAAACAACAGGUGUAAUAAGUGUUUUACUUGCUUUUGCUUAGUUGUGUGAAAUACACAAAUCCAGUUGAUAUCUGGCCAUAACAUGUCCGAUUGGAAUUUAUGGGAGCUAAGCAAGAGUGCAAGACUUGGAGGCGUUCCAGAUAAAUUCUGCUUGUUAUGCUCAAAAUGUUUUGCUAAAAGUGCAAAUACAUUAACUCAUUUCCCUUUCCCUUGUUUCAGUAACUACCCCGCUGCCUUCGAAUGUAACUCCCAGCUUCAGUAGUUUAACAGAGGUGCCAACAGGACAGUCUCCUGUCGAAGGAUGCCAUAUUGCUCGAUCUGGACCUUAUAAAGCAUCUCUCUUCAUUGCAGGUAUGCAUCUACAUCCGUAAGGAAAUAAUGUGGUUUGAUAGGUAAUAAAGUGAAUUCGUUUGAACUUGUGCAUGUCAUUAAAGUGGAUUUUCUGAAGCUGCUCUUGCUGGCUGGCUGCUGUUUCGUUUUGCUCAAGAGACAAAUUUCGGAAGAGUACCAAUAAAGAAUAUCAAUAGCUGGCAACUAGUGGCAACUGGCGGGGCAGAAGGCCAGGAGGCCAACUGUAGAUGGAGCCAGAGCCAAGGACAGGCAGAACCAACCCAUUCUGCUUUUAUCCCCAUCCUCCUCCCUGCUGAGUUAUACAAGAGCAACACUAAGACUAAGGAGGAGGAAGGUGUCAGCCAGGACAGCCAGGGAGGCGAGGUCUGGCUGAAGGCAGACUGAGGUUGGUGGGGCAGUGCCCCAUUUGUCCUAAUGGACCAGUCUCCACUGUUGACAAGAUCAACUCUCUUAUUUUUGCAGGUCAAGUUCAUAGCUGUCAACUUUCCCCUUUGCUUGCGAGGAAUCCUAUUUGGAGUAAGAGAAUUUCCCUUAAAAAGGGGGAAAUGUUGACAGCUAUGAUCAGGUUGCAUGCAGCAGACAUUGUGGGUUGGAUCCAAAAAUUCCCUUCUGUGAACUGAAGGAGGCCUCUUCCAACAGGAGGGCCUGAGGAAGAGAUUCCUUCUGCCCAACAACAAAUCCCAUUCACAGGGGGGAAUCUUUGAAUCCAACUCAAUGAAGUAAUGUUUUUCGACCUUUACCAAACAUAAAAGGUAAAGGUAAAGGGACCCCUGACCAUUAGGUCCAGUCGUGACCGACUCUAGGGUUGCAGCGGUCAUCUCGCUUUAUUGGCCGAGGGAGCCGGCAUACAGCUUCUGGGUCAUGUGGCCAGCAUGACUAAGCCGCUUCUGGCGAACCAGAGCAGCACACGGAAACACUGUUUACCUUCCCGCCAAAGUGGUACCUAUUUAUCUACUUACACUUUGACGUGCUUUCGAACUGCUAGGUUGGCAGGAGCUGGGACCGAGCAACGGGAGCUCACCCUGUCACGGGGAUUUGAACUGCUGACCGGCAAGUCCUAGGCUCUGUGGUUUAACAUACUCACCUGUAAAUGUUUUUUCUUGGUUAGGAGAUGGUCUGUGAAGUCUCCCCACCUUUCUUGGGUGUCCCCUAUACACACCCGCUGCUCCAACAUCUCUGCAAUGCUAUUAUUUCAUUUUGUGACGUUGAUGCAGCUGUUCCUCAUCACCUCUCUGGUGGUGUAGUUUUCUCAGGCUAGGAAGUCCUUCUUCCAAUGAUAUUGUUGACAGCCCAUUGGUUUCAACAGGACUUACAUCUAAUUUAGGAGUGCUUAAGGCUGCAAGCUUAAGCUACCAUUCCAAACAGAUGGCUAUGAAAAUCCUGUAGAAGAGAUCAGCCAGGAAAUAUAUAUUAAAGCAGUUGUAAACGCUCAGCACCCACUUUUCAGAAUAACUUACUUUGCAAUAUCUAGCGUAGAAAAUUCUAAUGUGGUUUGCCUGUGCAGAUUUCUGGUUUUCUGCAAAUCAAAGGGGUUGCAGGUGGGGAAAUAUAGUUCAGGAGUACUCUGAAAAUAGUUACAAGUAUAGCUGGGGAAGAAAUUAAUGCACGGAAGAACCAGUGGGUGUGUGAAGGGGAGCGGCAGAAACUGAUGAUAAGAUCUGCCCGCUCCAAAACACUGGAGCAAAUAGUCUGUGAUCCCAAGUGGAGCACUUUGCAGCCCGAUUUCCCACAGUUUAUUGGAUUAUCCUUCUAUGGUAAGCCUGAAUUCACAAGGGGAAAACAUCUAGACUGGUGUUGUGAGGGUAGUACCAUGUGGACUACGCAAAUAAAAUGGGAACACAAACAGUUGCAAACACACAGUAAACUCUGGUGUGGACCAUCCCAAAGUGUCUGGAGUACUGAGGUGCCUUAAAAAUGUUAAUUUCAAGAACAGCAGGAAUCUAAUACAAUGGUCAAAACGAAAUAAGUUGCAAUGCAUUUCCACACUCUUUUGAAUUGUGUAUCCGCUAUGACAAAAUGUAGGUGAGCUCCAUUUGCAAGCAGCCUUCGGAUCCAAUUAAGAUCAUUCUAAAACAAUUCAUUCUCUACAUUUCCAAAUGGGAGUUUUUAUUUUUGCUGUCAAAGUUCUUGUCUCAGCAAUUCUGACAUUUUGCCAAUUUGUUUCUUCGGCCAGAGGGGAUCCUUGGGGUCAAUAUUAUCCAAAUGACAAGUGUCCAGGUGGCAACUACUCAGGUUGAGAACUCCAUGGUUGAUUUUGUGGUAACCUGUCAAGGGAGGUAAGUGCUUUCGUUAAUUCUGAUAACUCUGCUUCUUGUAAAACUUAGACCAUGGAGUGCUACAGACAUUUAAGUUGUUCCGUUGCAGCAGCGCUCAUCUUAGCUCACUGAGCUUCUUGCUGAUAAAGUGGUAUUGCUGAGGAUGGUCCACGGAGCAGAUGUUCCGGGUCUUUUGUGAUAGUCACCAGAUCUCUGGCCUCUUUCCCUCUGUGUUUAUAGGGCAGUGUUGGUGAGACCCACUCACCAUCUUAGUCUCCCAGAGGCAUAUAUAGGGAUAAAUUAGCAUGUGCAAAUUUUAUACAGAUUUGUUUCAGGAGCCCAUGCUCCAAGUUCUUAAAGCAGCUAACAGUGUCCCUGCUCACAUAAAAACCUUGCAUCAGGAUUUAUAAAAAGGCUGGUUCACCAAGGUUUGUGAAUUGUUGUUUUCUGUUAGCCUUUGGCGAAUAAUGCUUUCAUUUGGUCCCGAUUUUUGUACUUUACUGCUUUUUAUUGUGUUGUGUUGGUUUUAAAGAUAUAUUUUAAGAUAAAUCCAUCUGAACAUAACUUUCACAGAAAAGCAGAACAGAAGUGUGAUAAAUGUGUUGACUUCUGCGAAAUGAAAACUGAUGAAAAGUCCAUAAUUUCAUCCAUCUUUCUUUCUUUCCGCGCCCUAGUCUUCCUACAGAUGCCUGCACAAUAAUUGCUGACCCCACCUGCCAGGUGUUACAGAGUGAGGCAUGUGACCCUGUUGACAUAGAUGAGUGCCUGCUGACCAUAAGACGGACCUUUAACGAAUCCGGAACCUAUUGUGUGAACAUUACACUGGGUGAUGCAGCGAGCCUGGCUCUCACAAGCACUUUGAUAUCCAUCAAUGGAGGUGAGUCCUGGCUGAACAUCUGCAUUCAUUUGCGGUCAGCACCUUGUGGCUCAUGAAGUGUGGUGGAGUUGUCCCAUGUCUGCUGGUUGUCAGGACAGGAUGGAGGCAGGCAGUGGCAAGGUCAGGACUGUGCAGUUGCAUUGACAAGAGUGCAGGAUUGGUGUCAGAUGCAGGGCCGGCCCUAACGUUAGUCAGGUGGCUGCCUCAGGCAACUAAUUGUGGACACCCUGAAAGAUCAGGAAAUGCUUUGUUAUUUAAUGUAUUAUUAUUAUAACUAUAUAACCAAGGAGAGAGAGGUGCUUGUGGGAUCUUCAGCCUCAGUGGUCAAAAUAACUUGGCUGGGUAAAGGUAAAGGAGCCCUGGACAGUUAAGUCCAGUCAAAGGCAACUAUGGGGUGUGGCGCUCAUCUCACUUCAGGCUGAGGGAGCUGGUGUUUGUCUGCAGACAGCUUUCCAAGUCAUGUGGCCAGCAUGACGAAACUGCUUCUGGCGCCACGGGACACCGUGAUGAGUGCCAGAGCACACAGAAAUGCUGUUUACGUUCCUGAUGCAGUGGUACCUAUUUAUCUACUUGCGUUGGUAUGCUUUUGAACUGCUAGGUUGGCAGGAGCUGGGACAGAGCAACCGGAGCUCACCCCGUUGCGCAGAUUCAAAUUGCUGACUUUCUGAUCGGCAAAUCCAAGAGGCUCAGUGGAUUAGACCACAGCGCCACCUGCUCCCUACGACUUGGCUGAACUAAGGUACAGUGGUACCUCAGGUUAAGUACUUAAUUCGUUCCGGAGGUCCGUACUUAACCUGAAACUGUUCUUAACCUGAAGCACCACUUUAGCUAAUGGGGCCUCCUGCUGCUGUCGCGCCGCCGGAGCACGAUUUUUGUUCUCAACCUGAAGCAAAGUUCUUAACCUGAAGUACUAUUUCUGGGUUCCUCCCACUGCCGCUGCGCGAUUUCUGUUCUCAUCCUGAAGCAAAGUUCUUAACCCAAGGUACUAUUUCUGGGUUAGCGGAGUAUGUAACCUGAAGCAUAUGUAACCUGAAGUGUAUGUAACCUGAGGUACCACUGUACUGUGACUUGAAGGGGAGCACAAAAUUAUUUGGGCAGCUCUGGAAUAAGACAGGCACCAUUUCUCCAUUCCAACAAAGAAUGUGUGCUGUGUCUACGGCAGUUCCCAUCAGCUGCAAUGAUGUCCAGUGUCAGUGGUAGCAUUAGGCACAUGUAGACUGCCGAGAUAUUUUAUGCUGUAAGACAGUCUUUGUCAAGGUGGUGCCUUCCAGAUGUUUUGAACUACAAAUCCCCUCAGCCCCUGCCAGCACCAUCAUGCUGGCUAGGCUGAUGGUAGUUGUAGCCCAAAACAUCUGCAUGGCACUAGGUUAGCGAAGGCUGCUAUAACUCCAAGUUAAGGAGUGUGAACUAACAUUAUGGCCUUUAACUUUGUCAUUCAAGCUGCAGGGUCAUUUUCAAGGACAGCAGAAGGAGUUCUGCUCGCUUGCGGUUUCUUGGUGGUGUUUGUUGCCGUCGCGACUUUUUUCCUUUACAAGUAAGUUGCUUGGCCCAGACCUUAAAAACAGUGUCUGUUUAUUUUACGAUCUCCAACGCUCACCAUUUUUAAUGUUCACAAGGAACAUUGACAAUACAGAUUGACCAGUUAUAUGAUCUGAGGAGAAACCAGUGUUACCUUGGAAGGAGAUUCCUGCAAGAGUACUGAUUUCAUUUUGUCUUAUCUAUGUAUAAAUUAUAUCCUGCUGUAAAGCCAAUAUUGGAUCCCCUGGCAACUUGCAUUUAAAAUGCAUAAAGGUACCAUAUAUUAGGGAUACAUUGUGGUGUGGGCAACACUCUCUUCUUGACCUUGGAAGCUGAGGUCCACUUUCUGGUGGCAUUGUGGUAUUUGUUGGCACCUGGGGUGUGUGUGUAUGUGUGCACAGUGCAGAGGGUGAACAGAACCUGCCGUGCCAGCAAUGCUGCCAGGUGGGCACGCUGGGUCGGGGCAGAGCACGGAGGGUUCACAGAGCCUGCUUCAUGGCCCAGCCCUUGCUACUGGAGCCGCACAAUGCCACCUGCCCACCUAUGCUAGGGGGAGCCCGGUUGGCCAACGUGGCCCUUGAUGGGUGAAUCCCUCUGACACUUUUAGAAGGCAUCUGAAGGCAGCCCUGUUUAGGGAAGCUUUUAAUGUUUGAUGUAUCACAGUAUUUUAAUAUUCUUUUGGAAGCUGCCCAGAGUGGCUGGGGAAGCCCAGCCAGAUGGACGGGGUAUAAAUAAUAAAUUAUUAUUAUUAUUAUUAUUAUUAUUAUUAUAUGACACUGGCUGGAAGGCCAUUCAGCAAGGGGGCUUGGGAUCUGGUGGUGAGGCCAGGCCAGUCUCCAGGGCCCAGAGACUCCUGGCAGCAUGCAGGGUGGGACGGGGACCCCUGCAUGCGGACGUCUGGUUUGUGCCCCCACAAAAUUGUGUGCCUUUGGUUCAUGGAUUGUUUUGAGAAGUGUGCAUUACCAAAAUGAAUCCCUCCUCCACCCCUUGUCCUAAUCUGAUGCUCUAUCCACUGCAUCACAUUGGAUCACUUAAAAAAAGGGGGUUACAGAACAACAACACCAAAUAUAAUUUUUCUCCUUCAUGGUUUAGCCUAUGGAAAGUAUUUGCAGAGUAGUUUGUUGUUGCGUGAGAAGCACACCACAAGUCUUUCUAAGCAUUAAAUAGAUUGUUUUAUACACACAUUGACCAGUUUUUUCCCUGGCAAGAAGCUCUUGCACAUGCCAUAGAAUUUUUCAAAAUACUGACCUGGGCAGCAACAUUUUGCACAGGAGAAUAAAGUUUUGUUUGUUCUCAUCCCAGCCACAGUACUGGCAUAGCAAUGCACCAUGAAGGGAAUACUUUUCAGUAAAUUAAUUUUGAAAAUUCCUUCCAGGAGAUAUAAAGAAUACAAGCCUAUUGAAAGAAAAACUGGAGACGAGGCCAGUAACGAAGGACUGAGUGUUUAUUUCAACAAUGUCAAGGCUGUCCUUUUCCCGGCAAACAAUGAGAAACAUCCUCUGCUGAAAAAUAAGCCAGGAAUUGUUUAAGUCUUCAGUAUAAUCACUUAUAUUUGUAUGCAUUUGGGGAUUUGCAUUGAACUGUCAUUCAAUGGAAGAAUACCUAAGUGUUAAAAUCAGGAUUUAUGUGGUAUGCUUGCAGUACAAUAGAAUGGCUGGUGUUGUGUUGACUUGUCUUAGAAGGUUAAAAUGGCAUCUCAUGGAGAAAUUGAUCAUACAUUUUGCUUGCUUAUGUUCUUGGAUCUGCUAUGGUAUAUUAGCUAAUAAAUCAUUUAAGGUUGAUACGGUUUCCUAGACUAGUUACUCCUCCUGAGUAUCGCUAAGUGUCUUCCUGGCAGAAAGAUUUUCUCCAAAGAAUUUAAGCUUAGGCUGAAAUCCUAGCAAGUCAAGUCCCACCAAACUUGAGGGAGCUUGCUUUGGGGUAAACAUGCAGAGGAUCAUGCUGUUAAAUUGGAAUUUCCCUAGUUCUCUAAUUAGUGAUAAUGUGGCUGCUUUGAAAAUUAUAAUAGGUACCUAAGAAAUGAUCAGCAUGUAACAUCCCUUACCCCAAUGGCUUCAGAUGAAUAGUAGACAUAUCCAAUAUACUCUCCACCAGUUGAGCAACUUGCAGUUACAUGACUGCUCUUGGUUCUGUUUCCUCUGCCUACUAUAUUCCUUAUACUUGAGCUAUAUGAGAGCAGGAUCUUCCUUGUGCACCCAAAGGAGCAGUAGGCAAUGUGCACUGAAAUAUCCAUGGCUCUGCUCCCUUGGGAUGUGUUUGUGUGGGACUGUUUUUGAGUAGUCUACAUGCCCCUAGGUCUUUAGGCCACACUAGUCCCCACUUCUCUGCUCAGCAGAAUAUGCCAUGUGGUGUUGACAUGGAGUGAUCCUACACGGAUCUAUGGUGUGUUUUUUUACUAGACAGCUUUCCUGAACACCUGUGGUUUCAUGGCAAAGCACUUAGCGGAAAGUGUGAGAAGUUCUCUUAGAAAUGUGCCCUAGCACAGAGAUAUAUUUGCACGAUUUCAGUCUGAAACCAGAGGACAAAGCAAGUCUUCCCUGGUGCUGCUUGCUUUUAUGCAGUAAUUAUGUUAUGCUAUCCAUCAAGCUGGAAAACUCACACUAGCACACAGGACAAGUUGAUUCUAGUACUACAUAAUCUGAGUUUAGCAAUGCUGGAAAUACGCAGACUUUGAAAAUAAGCAAUAUAUUUGGCUGAAAACUGCAGCAAGGAGGGUAGCACAAUAGGCACAGUAGGAUUUAUGAAAUACUGUUUUGCAAUAUGCCAUUUAUAAUGCAGGAAGUUCUGAAGCCAACUAUAUAAAUUUAUAUGGUUGGCUUCAGAACUUUCUGCAUCUUACAGCUUAUUCCACUAAAGAAAAUUAUGUGGAACUAUCUGCCUGCCUUUCUGGAAAAUGCACAAAGGGCUUUUGAUUAAAUCUGUUCAGUAUAAAUCUGCUUUAUUUUGAUUCACAGUUAUUUGGCUGCUUAGGUAUCUGCCUGAUCCUGCAGAUUGUGUAGAAUACUUUGCUCCACUCAUGUCCACACAGGGCUGCUGAAGACAUUUUAUAUCUGAGGCCAAGCCCUCAUCUCAACUACUGGGAUGAAGGGAGCACACAAAGGUUGUUGAAGGAUUUGGGAACUUCAGGAUAGAAGGAAUGAGGAAAGCCUUUUCUUUAUUCCUUUGUCUGCUUCCCCUCUUCUCUGUAAAUCAUUGAGAUGGGACAGGGAGGAAGGAGGACCAAAAAUAUGUGUCCUUUCCCCCUUCCCUUUCCCAUCUCACAGUUUUUCCAGGUGUUAAAAACAUGGCCAUAGCACCCAAAGUUGGAGGCAAUCACUUUGCACUGCCUCACAGCACCUGUUCCCAACCAGUUUAAUCUUUGCAGUGGUGUUUAUGAUAUAGGCAAGAUAGUGUCCUCUUUGAUAGCGAUGGUUUCCCUGCAGGAAUAGGCACAGUGAGCGCUAGAUGCAAAGAAGCACAGUUCUCCUGUAACUUUAAUAACGGUGUAGUUAUCAUGGCACUGUGGAUGUUAUGUGAUCUUAAGAGUAUAGUCAUGCAGGCAAUUUAAGGUUAACAAUGGUGUAUUAUUGUUUUCAUCCCACAUAACUGCUGUUUUGCAGCACAUGACUCGUAUGCCACCACACUGGUGUAAACAUCUUUUACUAAUAGUAGGUGCAGCAUAGUGGCAAGCUGUGAAUCUGGAAGACCCUAGUUUGCACCAUCUCUUUUGCAAUGAACUCAUUAAGUAGCUUGAAGCAAUAUAGUGGCUUACAAGGUUGUUGUUCAAAAUGCAGCUAGAUAACGCAUGCUAAGGGCGCUAUAGAAGUGUUAAGUAUUACUGCUCCUAAAUUACUAAUGGCACGGAACUGGAAUGCUGGACGAAUGUUUACCUGAAUGUUGUUCAAUAAAUCUUCAGUAUUGCAAAGGACGGUUUAGCUGUGUAAAGUCUGCAUGACCCAAUGGUGGUUCUAAACAGAGGUAGCCCCGCUGAAAUUAAAAUGUCACAUACAGUGCACUCCUAUAUGUCUGCUCAGAUCAGAAGUCUCACUUAGUUAAAUGGGGCAUACUCCCUGGUAAGUGUGCAGUCUUAAUAUAGUAUGAUGGGUCUACAAGCGUUAUAGGAUAAGUAUAUUUUAAAGCUUUGGAAGUAUGAAUUAGUAUUAUCAACUUUUAUUUUUCUAUCUUGUAGAAGUGCACAUACUUUUAUACAAAAGGCUAGGAAGAGGAGGAAGUGUAAAAAUUAUAGUUUUAAUGUCAUGGAAGAAAUUGUAAGUUGAAUGUGUCUUGCCUUACACUGAAACAUCACUAUUUCAGUCUGAGACAAGAAAUAAUAAGAAUGAUUUGCCCCACUUAUUGCAACUCUGUUAAGUUGGAGUAGAAAGCUACACUAUUAUAGUUUGGGUUCUGUCUUUUAUAACCUAACAUUUCCUGGCAUGACUUAGAAAUGUAGUAUUGUUGAUAUUUUAGUCUAUGGAGAUGCUUGCAAAAUCUUACAGGUUCCUUGCGAAGAGAAAAUGUAUGUUUUCUGUAUUUUCCUCAUGCAACUCUCAAUAAAGGUAUUGAUUUUAUCUAA